AUGAGCAACAACCCCACUUCGUGCAAGGUCGUCCUUGCGGCCAACAUCGCAAAGAAGCUCCAGGCCGAGGUGGCCGAGGGACUGGCCAAAUUGAGUCGCAAGCCUCAUCUGGUCGGCUUCCUCGCGAACAAGGACCCUGCGGCGCGCAUGUAUGCCGACUGGACUGGCAAGACCUGUAUCGACAAUGGCUUUGCAUUCACCCUGCGCGAGGUCGAGCGUGAAGAGCUCGAAGAAGCCAUCCGCGACGCAAACACCGACGACAGCGUCGACGGCAUCCUGGUCUACUACCCCGUCUUCAACACUUCCCGCGACCGCACCAUCCAAUAUGUCGUCGACAUGCACAAGGACGUCGAGGGCCUUUCUCCCAAGCUCAUCAACAACAUGUACCAGAACAUCCGCUUCCUCGACCCUCCCCACAACACCCAAAAGUCAAUCUUGCCAUGCACUCCUCUGGCCAUGAUCAAGAUCCUCGAGUACCUAAACAUCUACAACACCAUCUUGGAUUACGGAAAGAGACUUUGGGGAAGAAGGAUCACGGUCAUCAACAGGAGUGAGGUUGUUGGAAGACCUUUGGCUGCUUUGUUGGCAAACGAUGGUGCUGAGGUCUACUCGGUCGACGUUACUGGCGUGCAGAGAUUCAGCAGAGGCCAGGGUCUGCGCAACCAGCAACACGUCGUUGAAGAGAAGCCCGACAUGACAAUGGACGACUGUCUCGCCAUCAGCGACGUCGUCAUCAGCGGUGUCCCCGGCGACAAGUUCAAGGUCCCCGUCGACAAGAUCAGAGACGGUGCCGUGUGCAUCAACUUUUCAAGCGAAAAGAACUUCACACCACAAGUCAAAGAACACGCCUCCAUCUACGUCCCCGCGGUCGGCAAAGUCACAAUCAUGAUCCUCCUCCGCAACCUCCUGGUAUGCACAGCCAUGGCCACUUACUUCAAAUCCCUCUCCCCUGCCCAACUUUCCGCUCUGAAAUCCCUCGAAACCACCGCAGAAAACACACAGAGUCCCCUCAUCGCGUCAGAAGAAAACACUUCAACCCCUCCCAUCGAUUCAAUGCUUUCAUCAAGCAUACUCGAAUCCCCUGCAAAGAUGAACGAAGAAAACAGACUUGAUCUUGUUGAGUUGCGUCUCAGGCAAACUGCUGACCAGUUGCAGCGUAUGGUGCAGAAUAACCCUGAUGUUGACGCCAAGCCGGCGGAGGCUAUUGAGAAGACGGGUACUGUUGAGGAGGUUGUUGCUGCGUAG